AGGCUAAGGCCAGACACUGACACUUGCAGUUGUCUUUGGUAGUUUUUUUGCGCUAACUUCAGGAACCAGCUCAUGAUCUCAGGAUGUAUGGAAAAAUAAUCUUUGUGUUACUAUUGUCAGAAAUUGUGAGCAUAUCAGCAUCAAGUACCACUGAGGUGGCAGUGCACACUUCAACCUCUUCUUCAGUCACAAAGAGUUACAUCUCAUCACAGACAAAUGAUAAGCACAAACAGGACACAUAUCCAGCUCAUAGUGUUAAUGAAGUUUCAGAAAAUUCUGUUACAACUGUUUACCCUACAGAAGAGGAUAACGGAGAAUGGAUACAACUUGUCCCUCGUUUCUCUGGACCAGAGAUAACACUCAUUAUUUUUGGGGUGAUGGCUGGUAUUAUUGGAACGAUCCUCUUAAUUUCUUACAGUAUUCGCCGACUGAUAAAGAAAAGCCCAUCUGAUGUAAAACCUCUCCCCUCAACUGACACAGACGUGCCUUUAAGUUCUGUUGAAAUAGAAAAUCCAGAGACAAGUGAUCAAUGAGAAUCUGUUCACCAAACCAAAUGUGGAAAGAACACAAAGAAGACAUAAGACUUCAGUCAAGUGAAAAAUUAACAUGUGGACUGGACACUCCAAUAAAUUAUAUUCCUGCCUAAGUUGUACAAUUUCAGAAUGCAAUUUUCAUUAUAAUGAGUUCCAGUGACUCAAUGAUGGGAAAAAAAUCUCUGCUCAUUAAUAUUUCAAGAUAAAGAACAAAUGUUUCCUUGAAUGCUUGCUUUUGUGUGUUAGCAUAAUUUUUAGAAUUGUUUGAGAAUUCUGAUCCAAAACUUUAGUUGAAUUCAUCUACGUUUGUUUAAUACUAACUUAACCUAUUCUAUUGUAUUAUAAUGAUGGUUCUGUCAAAUGUAAGGCUUGAAAUACCUAGAUGAAGUUUAGAUUUUCUUCCUAUUGUAAACUUUUGAGUCUGGUGUCAUUGUUUUAAAUAAAUUAAGGGGACACUAAGGUCCUAUCAUUCAUUUCCUUCAUUGCUGAACAGGCAAGAUAUAAUAUUACAUGAAUGAUUACUAUAUUUUGUUCACACAAAUAAAGCUUAUGCUCAGAAAUGCCAUACACACACACACACAAACACACGCAUUUAUCAUUUAAUGCAUAAAUCAACACAAAAGAUUUUCCCAUUUAUAUGAAAUAUUACAUAUAUAAAAAUGCCAUAUUUAAAAUAAUUUGUCUAACAGUAGAACCGUGUUGGAGCACUCACUGAAGCUUGCAUUCCACUGAAAGAGUUAUUUGUGGAAGUAGAGUAUCCGGCGAAGGAAAAGAACUUAUGACCUUUCUUUAUAACAGAAACUCAACUCUAAAUUCAACAAGAUGUGCAAACCGGACAUGCAGGUGAAUAUUUUAAUAGGUUACUAUAAGGUUCUCAAUUAAAUUCUUUAAUCUGUCCAGUCCCAGUUUCUCUUAUUAAUAAAACUUUGGAAAUUGCUUUAAACCAUUUAAAGGAAAUUUCUAGAUACAGAAACUAAGGACUGUGACUAUACAGCUGUCACUCAUUUGUAGUAAAACUUAAAAAGCAAAAACAAAAAACGAAAAAGACCUUCCUGUGAUACUUUAUUUCCGAACUAAUAAAAAUCUAUAUGACUUUUUAUUAUUGUGUGAUAACCAAGUAAAUGUUUUGUAUUUUGUAUAUUUUCAGGCAUGGCAACAGAAAUUUACCUUUUAAUAAAUUAAAAAAUCUAAAUUUUAACCUACUUGUAUGUUCGCACAGUGUUUUUGUACUAAAUUGACUACUUAAAAUAGAGAAUGAGACUAAGAAGGGAACAUUUCUGUUGAUACAUGUUUUUUAAAAGUAAUUUUAAGAGCAUUAUUAGGUUAAUUUAAUCCAAUUAAUGACCCAAAUGCCAAGGUAAUUUUAAAUUUACAUUUUUAAUAAAAGCAAUAUGUUGAAACAAGAGAGGGUGAGAUUAACCUUUUCGCUAAAGUAAUUUACAAGUCAAAGACAGGAAGAGAUCAGAGUGAAUGUGCCUUCUUAACCAGAGCUACAGAAUUUAGUGAAUAAUUAAAGUACAAACUGCUUUGACCUCCUUGAACUUUUCCAAGCAAUUUCUCUGUACUUCUAUAUAUGAAUGUCUUAGCCAAUUUUCUGCUACUAUAACAGAAUACCACAGACUGGGUAAUUUAGAAAGAAAGGAAAUUUAUUUUCUUCCUAGUUCUGGAGGCUGGGAAGGCGAAGGGCAUGGCACUGAUAUCUGCCUUGUAUCUGAUGAGAACCUUCUUACUGCAUGAUAACAAAGCAGAAAGGCAAGCAAAAGCGUAAGAUGAAGAGAGAGGAAAUGAAGCCAAACACAUCCUUUCAUCAGAAGCCCAUUCCCUCUAUAAGGCAUUAUUACAUUUAUGAGAAUGGAGUCCUCAUGACCUAAUCAUGACCUUAAAGGCCCCUCCCAACACUGUUACAAUAGCAAUUAAACUUCAACAAAGGUUCCAGAGGUGACAAUCGAAUCAGCAAUGAAAUUUUCAUAGUUAAAUUUGGUAUUCGUGGGGGAAGAAAUGACCAUUUCCCUUCUAUUUUUAUAAUUAAAUCAGCAAAAUAUUGUAAUAAAGAAAUCGUUCCUGUGAAGAUACCAUGACCCCA